AUGGCUGAACCAUAUAAUGUGAGUAUGAGCGAAGAACAACAUCCCAUUUUCGAACGAGCAGAACAAAUGGUUGGACAUGCUGCCGAGCAACUUGAAAGCGCAAAGGAGAAAACUCGGUCGUUAUACAACACUGUCAAAGAAACAUUCUCCCCUGUCACCGAAUCAGUUAGCUGGAUUCAGGAUAAAUUUCCACCUCUCGCUUGGUUCUUAUACGCUGCUGCCAUAUUGAAUGCAAUUCCCGUUGCUUUCUUUCUCGGAUUUCUGGCCGUUACAACGUUGAUCGUAUUCUCGAUAGCUGGCGGUGGAAUCUUCGUGGUUGAAGGUUUCUUUUUUUUGCUUGGCUGUGGUGUCGUACUGCCAGUAAUUGGAUUUGCAGUAUUUGCAGCGAUCAUUGCAUUUGCCUUCGUAUUGCUGGCAUAUGGAAGCUGGAAAUUGUUUCUGACUGUGUUUAGGCUGCUCGGAUUCACGUUCCAAGAAGCGAAGGUUGAGAUAGCUGGGACAGCGCAAGGAUUAAAGAGAGCUUUCUCUCAUACUAGAGACGAGGGUGAAACUUCAUAUGGUCAUUAA